ACACACAUCUAUACAUACAACUUUCUAGGGUUUCGUUUUCUUCUCAAAACCAUGCCAGACCUUGGAAAUCUCUCUUACUCAGCUUCUCUGACUCUUACUCGUUGCCCUAGCUUCAAGCCGGUGACUGACACUCCCGAUCCGGGCAGUACUCAAUGCCCUACCUCCGUCCAACCCCUAGGCGAGGACUGCGAUCCGGAGCAGAGGUUGUGGUUUCCGUUGCUGCACAAAAGGGAGGUCAGCAGUGGGAAUGGAAUUAGGGUUUUGAGGAGGAGCCGGGGCUCGUUGGACCGGGCAAAGAAGGCCUCCAAUGGGAAGGGCUUGGAGGACCACGUGAGGGCUUGGGUUCAAAGGAAGAUGGAAUCAGGGGUUCCCGAGUCGCGGUGCUCUCUUCCUUUCCUCGUUGGCGCUCCGAAAAUGGUUGAAUGUCUUGUUUGCCACAAUCUUAUCUACCCCGGGGAGGAGCUAUUGUGCUCUGUUCGUGGUUGUCAAGGAGUCUACCACAUACAAUGUGCAAAGGCAAAGCUUCAGGUCUUAAAUCUGAAAAAAUUCAAGUGCCCACAACAUACAUGCUACAUUUGCAAACAGAGGCUACAUUGGCGGUGUGUGCGAUGCCCAAUGGCGUCACAUGACAAGUGUGCAGCAUGGCCGGACAAAGUGAUGCAUCUAGAAAGCCAACCGGGCAAAGCUAUUUGCUGGAGGCAUCCUACUGAUUGGCGGUUGGAUAGAAAGCAUGCAGCUUGGACAAGUGACAUAGAGGAAGUUUUUUGUGGCUUGCCUUUGCCUUAUGUUGAUGAGGAGUUCAAGAUUGACUUGACAUGGAAAGACAUGGAGAAUAAGAUGGAACUACCUCCCUAUGUGCACAUCAGGCGCAAUAUAUAUCUAGUCAAGAAGAAGCGUAAUGAUGCAGAUGAUGAUAUUGGAUGCACAAAUUGCAGUUCUACAUGCUCUGACGAUUGUGUUUGCAGGGGUCAAUGCAUAAGCUGCUCCAAGGCUUGUCGUUGCUCAGAAAAUUGCACAAACCGGCCAUUUCGCAAGGAGAAAAAGAUCAACAUUGUCAAGACAGAAUUUUGUGGUUGGGGAGUAGUGGCUGCUGAAAAAAUCAAUAAAGGAGAUUUUAUAAUUGAGUACAUUGGGGAAGUUAUUGAUGAUGCUCUGUGUGAGCAAAGACUUUGGGACAUGAAAUAUAAAGGUGCACAGAAUUUUUACAUGUGCGAAAUUCGAAAAGACUUCACAAUUGAUGCAACUUUCAAGGGGAAUGCAUCUCGAUUUUUAAAUCAUGGUUGCGAUCCCAACUGUGUUCUGGAGAAGUGGCAAGUUGAGGGAGAAAUACGUGUUGGUGUGUUUGCUGCGCGGUCAGUCGACAUUGGAGAGCCAUUAACAUAUGAUUACAGAUUUGUGCAAUUUGGACCAGAGGUGAAGUGCCAAUGUGGAGCUCCAAAUUGUCAAGGCUAUCUUGGAACCAAAAAAAAGAUUGGUAAGGUGGACAUUUGCUGGGGCUCAAAACGGAGGAGAUCAACUGCUUGCAUAGCUAUCAUAACGGUAUGAUUUGUAUCAAGCAAUAUGUUACAUAGGUGGGAUGGAUGGUCGUGUUAUAUGCCACUUCCCAUAAAAUUUGGCAAAUGAAAAAUUAAAAAGAAAAAAAAAAAAGGGUGGAGAAGUAGAAAGUAGUCUCUUGUCAUUCUUCCAACAUUCCAGCUAUGACAUCCUCUCCAGAUGAAAAAAUAAAAAAAGA